AAGAGUCUUGUACAGGGCAGACAGUUUUGUGAGGGUAGGGUUUUUGCAUUUGCGAAGGGCCACAUCACACCCCAUCAAAACGAAACCCACUAAAUUAUUAAAAGAAAAUCAAACACCAACAUAAUGCAAAGAAGCAUCUCUCUCUCUCUCUAAAAAGUACAAUUGCAACUGGGGACUGAGUGGUGAAAAAAAGAGCAACACCAUACUUCAAACCCAUACUGAUAUACUGAAUUGCUUUCUCUGUAAAGCAACUUUCUUUUCUUCUCUUCUCUCCUCCCCUCCCUCUCUCUCUCUCUCUCUCUCUCUCUCUAUAUCUAUAUAUAUAUAAAUACGGUGGAUCAUAUAUAUAUAUAUACACUCUGCUCAGACCCUGGUAUUGUCGAAAGAUGCCUCGGCCAGGCCCAAGACCUUACGAAUGUGUGAAGAGAGCUUGGCACAGUGAUAGGCAUCAACCCAUGAGAGGUUCAAUCAUUCAACAAAUUUUCAGGGUUGUAAAUGAGGCUCACAGUUCAGCAACUAGAAAGAACAAAGAAUGGCAAGAGAAGCUACCUAUAGUUGUUUUGAAAGCUGAGGAAAUCAUGUACUCCAAAGCCAAUUCUGAGGCUGAGUAUAUGGAUCCUGAAACACUAUGGGAUCGGGUUAAUGACGCCAUUAACACGAUAAUUCGAAGAGAUGAAAGUACUGAAACCGGAGAGCUUUUGCCGCCCUGUGUCGAAGCUGCCCUGAACCUCGGCUGUGUUCCAGUAAGAGCAUCACGGAGCCAACGGCACAGUAAUCCAAGAAGUUAUCUCAGCCCAAGAUCUCCGGAAUCUGGUUUUGUCCGCCCCAAAAUUUUGGUUAGCACUACCAAUGAACAAACCCCCAAUUUAUCACCAGUUAGUCAGUUAACCUUAGCAAGACCAACUAUGAAUUUAACCAAUUUAGCUUCACAAUCUAACAGGCAUGUAAUGCAAAACAACAAUCUCACUUCUUCCUGCAAUUCUCCUCUUUCACAUCAGAAAUUUCCUCCUCGUGGCAAUAACCAGUUCAUCCAAAUGCAAAGUGGCACCUCAUUGAAUGUGGGUUCAGUUUAUCCCUUGCACUAUGGUACCAACUUUCAACCUGACAUGUCUCAGUUGGGCUUCCAAACUCGACAAAAUUCCAACAAAAUAAUUGUUGGUACUCCACUUUUUUCAUCAACAGUCGAGCCUAGUGAAGUGGCUUACUCACAGAAUUUGUUCUUCCGUGAUGGGAAUGAAAAUGCUUCAAACAGAACAACUCAAGCAGAUUUCAGGGACAACCAUGAGAAGGCGCCUGAUAUGGAAUGCGAUUUAUCAUUGCGACUGGGUCUGUUUUCAGACCAAUGCACAAGCGUAGGAAAAUGUUCAACUCGUGACAGUGAUGAUGUUGGUUUAAGCAGUUCUCAAGAGGGGAACAAAUUUAGUGACCCAUCUACCCUCAGAAAUAAGGAGUUUCCUUUCUUCCCCAUGAAAAAUGUUAAUGAUCCCUUUGAGUUCUGUACAAGUAAGUGGACUUGUGAGGGUGAAGGUCAGGAUGUGGAGGCAGCUGUUAGGAAGCGCAAGGCACCAUUUAACAAUGAUGUGGAAGAGGGGCAAUUUUUCUGGCUACCGGGUCAAAUGAAAAGGCCAGAAUUCCUACUCUACGGUUUCUCUUAGCUAAAGCUCAAUAGGAAAUUGUUUGGUGUAGGGCAUAGAAAAAGUUAGAGGAGGAGUUCUUGGUGGCUUGGCCAGGGUGGACGGGGUGGUGGUUCAAGGGUGAAGGAAUAUU